AGUUUUAUAGGUAAAAAUAUUUAAAACCCUAACCAGCUGCCUGUUUAAAAAAACACACAUAUAUAUUCCAUUAUUUCACAGAAAUUAUUUGAUUCUCCUGUUUUGAUCUUGAAUUUGGCUGGGUUGCAUGUGAAUUACUCUUUUUCUCCUUCAAGAUGAUACCAGUCAGGUGGGCCCAUAGUAUGUGAAUCUACCAGGAAGAAAACAGUCUCUGAAUUUACUGUAUGUCUAGAAAUCAAAUUUGACUUACACCUGCAGGCAGUAUAGGGUGUUGGCUGGGUUUGCAUCAUUAUUCUGAAGUCUAUACUGAUGUCCUGUGACUAAUAUGUUCCAGCUGUCUAGGUCACUGCUUUGGAGUACUAUUUAUUUGCAGUAGUGAUGCUGCAAAUAGGAAAAGCUUUCCCUUUUGUUGGUUGAAAGCUUUCCUGGUAAUUAGCAAAACAAGCAUGCCUCUUAUUUGGAGAGAAACUGGAAAGGAGGCUAAAGAGUCAAUUGUACACAACCACUUUGGAAAACAAUUUGGCAUUAGAGGAGUUGAACACGUGCAAUCCGUAGCCCAGCUCUCCUCGCCUAGGUAUAUAACCCUGGAGAAAUUCUUGUCUGUGUGUACCAGAGGACAAGCAGUAGAAUGUAAAUGGCAGCAUUAUUCAAAGUAGCAGAAAAUUGAAAAAUUCCCAGAGGGGUCCCCAACAGUAGGACAGAGCAGUAAAUUGUGGGUAUGUUCACACAAUGAGAACUGUAUCGUGGUAACAAAAUAAAUGAACUAAAGCCACAUGAGUCACAGGGAUGAAUCUCAAAAUCUUAAGAGAAGAGGCAAGUCUAGAAGAGCACAUACAGUAUCGCUUCACUCAUAUUAGGCUUAGAAUCAGCAAAUCACAACAUAUUGAUAGCACAUAUGUGGCAAAACCAUAAAGAGGAGCCAAGAAAUGAUUGACUUAAAAUUCAGGCCAGUGGUAAAUCUUGGUGGUGGAAGUGGUGGUGAAGGAUGAUUGGGAGACAUGUAAUCAGGAAAGACACACACACGGCUUCCAAAAAAAGAAAAAAAAAAAUCUAAACACCGACUGGUAUUAGGUAUGUGCGAUUUAUUUUAUUAUUCUUUAUACCUAUAUAUGUUGUUAGGUUAGUUAUCACUGCAUAACAAACCUCAAGACUUAGCACCUUAAAACAAUAAUACACAUUUGUCAUCCCACAUAGUUUCCAUGAGUAGGCCAGGAAUUUGGGAACAGCUAAGCUGGGUGGUUCUGACUCGCAGUCUCUCAUGAGGUUGCAGUCAAGAUGUCAACUGAAGCUGCUGCCAUCUAUCUGAAGACUUGACUGAGGCUGAAGGAUCUUCCAAGAUGGCUCACUCACAUGGCUGUUGCCAGGAGGCCUCAGUUCCUUGCUGGUUGUUGGCAGGAGGCCUCAGUUCUUUCCCACGUGUACCUCCGCAGAGCUUCUUGAGCGUGUCCUCAUAUCAGAACAGCCAGCUUCCCUCCCAAAACAGAGAUGGAAGGUGAAGUCUUUGGACUUUUGCAGUCUCUCGCCGGCAUUUCAGCAAUAUUGUAGUGGUUCCCACAUGCCAGCCCUGUUCCGUGAGGGGCGGGACUAUACAAGCGUAUGAAUACUGGGAGGCGGGUAUCACUACGGCCACGUUGGAGGCUGGCUACCACAGUUAACGCACUUUUAACUAUAGUAUAUUUCACAGUAAACAUUUUUUUAGAGGCAAACUAAAUUGGUGAGCUCAUUUUUCUUUAGUAAUAGUGCACACAUCCAUUUAAAUGAAAAGUUUUAUAGAUACUGAACGUAUUACCAAUUAGUAUGGGUUUAAAGAAAUGUCAGUGAUGUAGCUGAGCAUUUGAGUGGCCUAAGCUUGCCUGACAGGAAUGUGCCUGAGGCAGGGGAGUGGACGGGAAGGGCCAUGAGGAAAGGAACUUCAGUAAUGCUUGUCCUGAGAUCUAUGGUGGGAGAUGGGAUUAUAUGUGCCUGGACUUCAUUCUACUUGUACCUAGAUCUGGCAACAAUCUGAGCCUCUUGAUUUUGAAGAUAAUUCUCCAGGUGAAGGGCCAUUGUGAUAUUAAAGUCUCUUCCUGCCCCACUCUUUUUCCCAAGACCAUCUUUAAUGAAAAAGGAGAGAGGGUCCACCCCUUGCUACUCACCCCCACGUCUAAGAGCAUUGCCAGAAAUGACCUGGGCAAGCAAGGACAGGAGCCUUAGUUUAAAAAUCCACACAACGAUUACAUUCUAAUCCAUAAUUUAUACUUGUUUUAAUGUUAACAACUUUUAAAUUAUUGAUUCAUUUGCUUAACCUUCCCUCACCAAAAUCUUUGAGUAACAUUGAUGUUUCUGGAAACUAUGUCAUGUUUAUUUUUCUUUAGCUUUGUUUAGCUCUUGGCAUAACUUCUUAGUAUUCCUGGGGGUCCAAGGGCUCUGGAUUGUGAGGCAGUGAGUCGCACCGUCUCCCCUUUGUGGAUCCCAACAUCCUUGUGAACAGGGGUUGCAGCCGGAAGAGGUUCUUUCCAUUUUUGAUGAAGCUAAAAAGUGGAGAAGCCCUCAGGUGAGGAAGCAGCCGCAGGAAGUUCUCUCCAUUUUUAAUGAAGCUAAAAAGUGGAGAAGAUAGGCCUGAGAGCCAGGUGCACGGGGUUCCGGACUGGCUUUCUUUAGGCUUUUGUAUACCAGUACUUCGCGUGUUAGUCAUUGAUACUGCUAACCCUCUGUGUGUACAGAAUUCUGGUGAUUAGCAGAUGAAGCGCCAAGAAAGGCCAUCAUGCAGAGAUGUCACAUUCUCCCAAACUGUAAUUUUGAUGCUGCUUCCAUCUUUAUUUGCGGAGCUGUGUCUGUGGCAUUAUAUUCUAGUGUAUUUUGCAUUUUAUAAAAAUGAAAGGAAAAUCCUCAACAGCAAAUGAUAGCUGCCUUUCAUUAUGAUGAGGAUACAAAUCGCCAGGGAUGCAGUGCGAGUCUUGUUUUCCUUCCGUUUGUGAACAGUGUGCUCUUUUGAGGAAGAAGGAAAAAAAAUAAAGUGUAUAUAUAUAUAUAUAUAUAUGACAAAAAUACAUUAAGGGUUAUUGUGUCUACAAGCGAAGUAUAAUUACUAAUAGUAAUUAUAGUAAUUGGUAAUAAUGAUUAUAGUAUUAAUGGUACUAUUAAGAAAGAUUAUGAAUAUAUGCUUUCAGGGAGCACACUGCAGCGCCCGGCUGCCUCCCUGGCGUGAUGUAUUGUUUGGCCAUUUGGCUGUGGAGUUAGUUUUAAGGAAGCAUCAUGUUUGGGGGCAGGAGGGUGGAGGUGACCUGUACCGUGAGACAAGCCCGGGGCUUGGGGUCAGAAGACAAAUAGUAGUUUCAUCUCUGGUGCUUUCUAGUUGGAUAUCUUUGUUAGAUAUCAUCUCUGACACUUAGCUGCCUUCUCUGGAAAAUGGGAUCCAUAAACCCUGCUUACCUCACAGGGCUGUGGGAAGGAUCAAAUGUGAUGGGUAAUGCCAAAACAGAAGGUGUUGUGGUGGCAAUAGGAGUAUGACUUUCAGGCCACGAUACCACUUUGCCACAAACUUGUGUGUAUUGUAGUUGAGUGUACUGUAGAUUGGAUCUGAAUAUCUUUGCUGGAAAGGAUUUGAAGAGGUUCAGCAAUUCCUGUGUGGUUCCAGGCGGGUACAUGGAUGCCUUCUAAGUGUGGUCUUAGAAAUCCAAGGUCAAAGUAAAGCUCAAGUCAUUGAAGCUCCAGUUUUUGUUAGAGUGGAUGUUUGGGCCACAUCACUGCCCUGAAAUUGCUGUGAUUCGACAGGAACUGAGGCAAACCUUCAGCUAUAAGAUGAAGACCUAAUGCAUGCAUGAAGACAGCGUGUACGAUCCCUGAAUGGGCUUGUGGGUAUAUUUAGUCAUUCAUUUUUGAUCAGGAGAAAGAAGACAGCCAUCACUUGAAAGGUAAAGCUUCAGUGACUGAAGGAGUGUGGACUUUUUGAAUUUUAAGAACAAUAAAGUUGGAACACAGCAGAGGGUGUGUAAUAAAAGACAAUAUAGAUUGGAAGGAAGACUGAUGAAGAAAAUUAACAGCAUGAUUGAGGCACACCACUGAGUUCUUUGGGAUGCCCAAAAGUGUAUGGUUUGGAAACAUGAAAUAGAAGACGAGACCCUGCCUCCGCAAGUAUACCAGAGACUACUUUUAGAGGAACCUGUCGAUAAAUGCAAAACAGCAGCCGUUGGAGGUGAUGGAACUGUACUGGAACAAUGGGAGAAGCUGGUAGCUUAUAGGAAGUCAAGAUGACAAGAAUGUUUUUAAAUAAUCCAAGGAAGAAUCCUGCUCAGAAAUGAGGUGAAUUAAUGCUUGGGCGCUCAGGAACCCUGGACAGCUACAUGAGGUGUUUAAAAACUGCCCUGACCAUCUUGCCAAACAAGUCUCUGCUCAUGAGGCCCCACAGGAUGAACGCGCCGAGGCAGGACAGUGUCCUGCCCUGUCGGAACAGUGACUGCUGACCUGCCAAGAGUGAGCUGGGGACUGCCUGCUGUCUGCCAGUACAAUGAAGGAAGUGGUUUAUUGGUCACCCAAGAAGGUGGCAGACUGGCUGCUGGAGAAUGCUAUGCCAGAAUACUGUGAGCCUCUGGAGCAUUUCACAGGCCAGGACUUGAUCAACCUAACCCAAGAGGAUUUCAAAAAACCCCCUUUGUGCCGAGUCUCCUCUGACAACGGGCAGCGGCUCCUGGAUAUGAUAGAAACCCUGAAAAUGGAGCACCAUUUGGAAGCACACAAGAACGGCCAUGCCAACGGGCACCUCAACAUUGGCGUAGACAUCCCCACCCCUGAUGGCAGCUUCAACAUCAAGAUUAAACCCAACGGGAUGCCAAAUGGGUAUAGGAAAGAGAUGAUAAAGAUCCCCAUGCCAGAACUGGAGCGCUCUCAGUACCCCAUGGAGUGGGGCAAGACUUUUCUGGCCUUUCUUUACGCACUUUCCUGUUUUGUUCUCACCACAGUGAUGAUCUCGGUCGUCCAUGAACGAGUACCUCCUAAGGAGGUGCAGCCUCCACUACCGGACACAUUUUUUGACCAUUUUAACCGGGUGCAGUGGGCCUUUUCUAUUUGUGAAAUUAAUGGCAUGAUCCUUGUAGGACUCUGGUUAAUUCAGUGGCUGCUCUUAAAAUACAAGUCUAUUAUUAGCAGAAGAUUUUUCUGCAUAGUUGGCACGCUGUACCUGUAUCGGUGUAUUACAAUGUAUGUAACUACACUCCCAGUACCUGGUAUGCAUUUCAACUGUUCUCCGAAGCUUUUUGGAGACUGGGAAGCCCAACUGCGGAGAAUAAUGAAGCUCAUUGCUGGAGGUGGCUUGUCUAUCACUGGCUCUCACAACAUGUGUGGGGACUAUCUGUACAGCGGCCACACGGUCAUGCUAACACUCACCUACUUAUUUAUCAAAGAGUAUUCCCCUCGACGACUCUGGUGGUAUCACUGGAUUUGCUGGCUUCUCAGCGUAGUUGGAAUCUUCUGUAUUCUCUUAGCGCAUGACCACUACACUGUGGACGUGGUGGUGGCAUAUUACAUCACCACGAGACUCUUCUGGUGGUAUCACACUAUGGCCAAUCAGCAAGUGCUAAAGGAAGCUUCCCAGAUGAACCUCCUGGCCAGGGUGUGGUGGUACAGGCCAUUUCAGUACUUUGAAAAGAAUGUCCAAGGAAUUGUACCUCGAUCUUACCAUUGGCCUUUCCCCUGGCCAGUAGUCCACCUCAGUAGGCAAGUUAAAUACAGCCGGCUGGUGAAUGACACAUAACAGCUGUACAAAGUGGGGAAAAGACAAAUUGUCCGAAGUGCUAAGAACUCCAUGAGAGAAGAUGCCAUAAAAUAAACACCUCCCUAUUCCUAUUAUCUUUCAAUGGUUACCUUGACUUAACCCAUUGAGUUACCUGGUCAGCACUGUGAUCUUUUUUUCUCUCCAAAGGACCUGCGUUGGACAACAAUAAAGAAAAAUUUAACCUAUCAUGCACUGUACACAUUUCCUGUUCAUAAGUUUGGGAUUUACAUAACCCGCAACCACCAUGUUCCUUUGUAUAUGAUGCAACAGCAUAAAUGUAAGCUUUUAUAUCAUAAGUUCUGGUCUUUCCAGUCACAUCUGGAAAUAAAGCGUAUUAUUUUCUUGGGAAAACAUACUUUUCAUAUCUCUUGCCCCAAAGAUUGGGCUGUAAGCCAUUUUCUAGCAAAUGUCUCUAUGAAGGUUUCUAAGCACCUGAAUGGGGUUUGAUUCUGAAAUCUUUCUACCUGUUGCACCGAUAUUCAAAUAAAAAUGAUAGACACAGAAAGGUUUGGUAACUUUGGGUUUUGUAAAAUCAGCAAAGACAGUGUUUCAAAAAGUGCAAAAAAAAAGAUUCUGUUAUGAAGUGAUUUUCUAAGUAUUUCCUAACUUUAUUUUUCAAAAUGAUGUUAUGAAAACCAAAUUUAAAGAUUUUUAACAUGUCAGAGAGAAGAGAGUUAAAAUUUAAAAAUGCAUCUUGGGAGAGAAAUUUGUCUAUGUUUCUAGUGCCUUUCUUGUCUUGAUUGUAUGGUCAGUAGGCAAUCUUAAAUGUUUUUAUUUAAAAUAAAGUAUUCCAUGAAAAUAUAAAUAUAUGUAUACACUACUAAAUUUUGCAUUUAUAGCUAAAUUGAAUCAGAAGACUGCUUAUGGUUUUAAAAUUGCAAUGACUUAAAUAAUGAGGUUGUUAAUUAGAGUCAGAGCCUGUUCACAUAUUGUGAUCAGGUAGCAAUGACAUGUACCACUUAAAUUAUUUUAUCGUCUAUUUGGUAGUUCGAUUUUAACUACUCAAUGAAAACAGCCAUGAAUAUCUUUUCUUAAAGAGAGUUUUGAAAAUGAUCACUUACCUAAAACUUGAAAGCUAUGAAUUAGUUAUCCAUACUCUCAUGACAAUUUUGUUGGUGAACAACAAAAAAGAGAUCUAUUUCUUUAAAAGAUAUUUGUGCAGAAACUGCAUGUAACUCUUAAGUUUUACUCCUAACAUACGUAUGUUUGGGGAAGUAUUCUAUUCUAUACUUGCCAAUGUGGAGAACAAAAUAGUUUUUUAAGAAUGAAGAAGUAUAUAUAUCCAUUCUGUAUUUUACGUGCAGCAGAAUUAUCUUCCGUAGGAUUUUUUUGUGUAUUCACAAGGUGAUAUUUGUAUUGUAAAACAAUAAUGGUGAAGGAAAUAAAAAGGCUUUUAAAAUUUUGUUUGUUUUAAAUCUUUGUAAAGUUAUUAUUCCAGAGAGUAUACUGGUAUCUUACAGCUUACCUAGAUCAUAAAUUAAUCAAGAUGCACUUUUUAAUAAAAACUGAUACUUAAAAUAAA